CUACGCCUUUGACGUUAGCCGCAAGAUAGAAUCUAAAAAUUGUCUGGUUGAAUGAAAACUGGGGGACUUAAAUCAGUUUAUCUUUCGUUGAGAUGUAUCAAUUCAAUCAGUUUCAUACCCACCUCUGAUAAUUCUCAGCUUUAUAAAAAUCUCUAGCUCAGUUAUCCAUCUAUUAGUUCAGUGAUUCCUCCGAAGUGAUGCCUUCAAUAUGAAAUACACUUGUUACAAUUCCCAUCGGCACACCUCUGAAGCGCUCCAUUCAAAAUUUGUAUGCAUUGUUUAUGAUGCCCUAUUGUUGUUAAUUUUGUUGAUGUUCGACCUGCCAGAACAAUCUUUCUCUCGUACUACUUUUGAAAAAAUCUCUGGACAUUGUGCCUUUUCGGGAGUGAUUGAAUCUAUGUUUUCGAUAAUAUUAAUUCUGUGAUAUUUUACCUGAUUUGUGAAUACAUUCUACUUUUGUAUGUGGGAUUUUCAAAAUGAUGUCCACCAAGAAUUUCGUUAUAGUACUCCUUGUGUUUUGUGUAUAUGUUCUCCUCGGUGCCAUGAUAUUCUAUGGAACAGAAUCAGCUGAAGAAAGAACAAGGAUAAUUCAUGAGGAGGAACAACGAAAACAAGUUAAAGAUGUGAUCAAACAAUAUCAGCAAAACAAGGAGAACAAAGAACAACUAUUCGAAGCUCUAGAAAGUUAUUGUGGAAAACCUAUAAAAAAUGUAACAACCAAAGUUGAUCCAAAAUGGGACUUCUACCACUCACUUUUCUUUGUUGUGACUGUGGUCAGUACUAUUGGAUAUGGAAAUUUGGCCCCGACAACAACAUUCGGAAGAAUUUUUACGAUAUUUUAUGCACUUGUUGGUAUACCAAUCAAUGGUUUCAUUAUGAUAGCUUUGGGAGACUUUUUUGGAAAGUCGUUCACAAAAUUAUACAACAGAUGGAAAGAUUCCAAGAGACUGAGACAGGUUGAUCCAUCUAGGUUAGGACUCGUGGCCCAAAUAAUACUCUACUUGGUUCCUGGUUUCACCUUUUUUAUAUUUGUGCCAUCUAUAGUAAUAUCUGCAUUCGAGGGUUGGAGUUACAAUGAAGCGGUCUACUUCUCUUUUGUCACUCUGACAACCAUUGGAUUUGGAGAUUAUGUUGCAGGGGAAGCUCAAGGUGAUUUAGGCUACCUAUACUACAAUUUCUAUCAAGUUUUUCUUCUGGUAUGGGUAAUAGGAGGAUUAGGGUAUGUGGUGAUGAUACUGAAUUUUAUAGGAAAAGGCAUGCGAAGUAAAAAGCUUCAAGAACUUGAACACAAGAUUGCUUCUAACAUUAUGAAGACUCCCACCAAAAUUAGACAGGAACUCAGAGCCAUUCUUGCAGAAUUUCUGAUGGUGAGAGUAAAGAAAGUUUACAAAGAAUUUGAUUAUAAACCCCAACGCCUAGUAAGAAGUCAAAGUUGUCCUAGCCUAUCAGUGACCAACCAUGCGGGUACCUUAAACAAUUUAGAUAGGAAGCGAGCAUUUUCGGAAUGUCAAGACACCUUCAUACUACAGAGAAUUCAGAGUGACACUGAUUUAGAAAGGAUAGAUAAGGAACUAACGUUCCAAGGUACUGACCACCAAGCAGACUUGAUUAUCAAGAUGGUGGACGCCCUGAGCAUGAAUAGUUAUGAACCAGAACCGGGAUGUUACCAAGGUUUUUCAGACGGAGAGAUAUUAGCUAGUGAACAAUUUGGAUCAGAAUGCUCAAUAACGAGUCAAAGAGUUGCUCCUACUCCCUUCAGACAUAGAGCAGCCAGUGACGUAAGAUAUCCAGUUCGUUCAAGGUUGCAGAAUGAAAAUGAGCACACUUGGUAUGGACAAACAUAUCUAGCAAGGUACGCAAAACUCAUUAAAGAUGAGAAAUCUUCAUCGGGUAACGAAAUUCAAAAAGUCGUUCCCAGCUUUUUCAAACGGAUCAAAAAUACUCUAUUACCCAAAGACCGAAAUACUGAUGUGGAAAGAUGCAACGAGCAGUCUAGAUCUACACAGGAAGAUAGAAUCCCUAUUCAGUCUAUAUUUGUACCCAAUGAUCAUGAACAAAUUUUAGAAAGAACUUCUGUAGCAGAUUUAUUGAGAGCAUUGACAGCUUUAUCAGACCAGACUCCUGGUUCUAGUCAACAAGAAAAUAGCAAACGUACGAGAAGAAUGCCUAUAAAAUCUAAUUUUCAAAAUAGAAGAACUUCCCUCAUGCCUUCCCUGGCUUCCUCGACCAACAACUACAAACUGAACAGAAGAUCAUCCCUCACACCAUUUACAGAUUUUUCAACAUCUGUUCCAUCUUUUGCUGGACCUAGGAGAUCUUCAUUAGCACCUGUUUCAGAGUUACCUCCACCCUAUCACCAAGUGACACAACAGGCAUCAGCAUAUCCUUUAAGUCCUUCGAAAAUCAGGAGAUUUUCUGUUAGACCUGUAAAUACUUCGAAUGCUCAACCACAAAUAUUUUCUAAGAAAGAAGGAGAAGAUACUUCUUGAUGAAAAUAUUAUAAUUUUUUUCAUUAUGAAUUUGUUGAGUUGCUUUAACUGAAUUUUCCAAUUUCAACCUGCAUCAUGUGGAAAUAAUAAUAUUAAAUAGCCAACCCAGAUUCUGGUCAGCUAGAUUUGAUUGAAGAUAAUCCAUAGAAUAAUCUAAUGGAAUAUGUAAAAUAGUUUAUUAGUUAUUGAAUAAAACGCAUGGACUGUAACUAAUUUUGAUAGAAAUUUAUAUAAAAUAUGUAAAUGGUA